AUGGAUCUUUCCAGUUCACUGGCUUCAACCAGUGAUGAAGAGACAAGGGCACUUAAUGCAUUGCUUGAUGCUUUCAGUUGUGCCUUUUCACUUGAAGAUAUAGCCAAUGCAUACUGCAGAGCAAAUGGCAAUGUCAACAAAGCUGGGGAUUUCUUGACUGACCUUCAACUUUCGAUGCCCCAGAGUGAUGAAGUUGACUCGAGCGUUGAGACCAAUCUUCCCCAGUUUGGUAAGGCAGUUGAGGAAAAUUCUCUGGACAACUCAAACCAAACAAGGAAUCUUUCCUGUGUCGGGAAAGCAGCUGAAGAAAGCUCUGUGGAGAAUUCAAGCCAAACAAGAACACGUGAGAAGUCACAGAAGUCUAGUGCUUCAUUUGGCACUGUAUCCAGCAUGUUAGGAAAAGGAUCUGCCCGAGCUACUACAGCUCCUGCCAAUACAGCACCAGGAAAAGGAAAACCUAUAAAGGUUGAACUGCCAGAGUACAUGCGAGAUGAUUUGAAAACAGAUGAAUCUGAUUCUGCACCAAAGAGAGAGACUUUGAAUAACAGAGAUGUUGAGGAAUUCCUAUUUUCUAUGCUUGGAGAAGGUUUUAAGCUCAACAUGGAAGUGAUCCGUGAUGUUCUAGGCAGCUGUGGGUAUGACAUGAAGAAGAGCAUGGAGGAAUUAAUGUCAUUUUCUACAAAAGAUCUAGGCAAAAGGCCAGAGAAUGAGCAUAUUGCAGUACAAGACAUGGCGGUAGAAUCCUCUUUUUCCAUGGGGAGUUGCCUAGGAUCACAAUACACAUCUAGACCACAGAUUACCCCUGGAGAGUUACUAGAAUCAAUAUUCACUGCACCUGAAAGAUCUGAGGAGGAACCAAAAGUAAGGCGGUAUGAAUUGGGCGCAAAUCGAAGGAGAGUUCCAGAUCAGAAACCAGUCGUAAAACCUCUUGAGGACAUUUCACCACCCUCUACAGAUCUUCCGGUGAAAAUUAUCCUAGGCAGCAUAGAACCAGUUGUGCGCGAUGAGGAUGAUUACCAGAACUAUCGUAAGGCUGCAAAGCAGCACUGGGAUAUGAUGAAGCAGUACUACGGGAAGGCUGUUGAUGCUUUUAGGGAGGGUAACAAGAAAGAAGCCGAGUAUCUUAUGACAGAAGGAAAAAACUAUUAUAGGAUGGCUCGAUUAUCUGAUGAAAAAUCUGCUGCUGAGAUCACCAAGUCCAAACAAGAGUCCAAAAAUGAGUUAUGUCUUGAUCUGCGCUCACAGGAUGCAGCAAACGUAGCAAAUCUUCUGAGACUUCAUCUUAGGCAGUUGGCUAACAUCCCAUCUUUUGAGAAUUUGAGAGUUAUUAUUGGUGUUGACGAUGGCACUUUCAAGAUGGGACAAAGAAGAAGGAAGGUUGAGAAGUUUCUGGAGAAGAAAUCAGUCGAGUGGACCGAAGAUGAGGCCAAUCCUGGGACCAUUCUCAUUCCGAUUAAUCAAGUGAAAGACCAGUGCUUUCUGUUCAUUUUGGGAUAUGGAGGAUGGGGAGUGCGCUGCAUAUCCCUUUUUGUUUACACACAGGAGAUAUUUCUGGCCGGCCUAAACAUUACGAUUUGGCUGAGAUGA